AGAGGGGCCCAGGCAGCAGCUUCUCUGGCCUGUGUCCGUCACGGCAGGCUCCCUACUGGGCUGAAGGGUCCGGCUCGUGGUCGUCCCCGGGUGGGGGUGGGGGGGACUGCUCCUGUCUGCCCAAAGGGGGGCUGUUUCUUUUGCUGAGGGCUAAGUGACUUGCCCAGGGUCUCACAGCCAGGAAGUGUUGGUGUCUGAGGCCCUCCUGACCGUCCACCGCGUGCCCGGCUGCCCCAGCCCAGAGGUUUUGGCCAGAGUUCUCUCGCUCACCAUGAGCCGCGUCCUCUGGCUCCCUGGGUGGCUCUGGCCAGGAGCUGCCCCCAUCUGGGCCUGGUUCCUUCCCGCUCUCGGGCCAGGAUCCCGGCACUGCUGCCCGAAAGGUGGGAGGGAGUCCGGAGCCUCUUGGGCCUGAGGAAACAAAGCUCAGACCUGGGUCCCCUCUCUGGCCGUCAGCCCCCUCACCGGGGGGAAGGUGUCGGACCGCCCGGCCAGCGGCACCCUCAGCUGGGGCGGCUGUGCUGAUUAGCUCCCUGUCCUCCAAGGGCCCCCUGCGCCCAACCUGUGCCCCUCGGGAUGCCUCGGAGCCCCGGGCCAGACAGGCUGUGAAACGAGACUUUGGCCUCCAUCCCUUUGGCCUGGGGAGGCGCUAGUGCUUCAGGCACGGAGAGGGCUGAGAAGGGUCAGGGCCUGGGAGGGCCGGGCCGGGAUUAGGCUUGAGGGCUCCGUGACCUGGACAGCCAGCGGAGUUUGCUUUCCAGAUAAUGAGAUUAUAAACAGCCACUUGUGUUCGGGAGGUGGGUGAGAUCAGACACAGGGACCAACUUCCUGGUGAGCCCAAGGCCAGAGUCUAAAGUCACAGCUCCGAGGCUCUGGGCAGCUUCAGGAGCCCUUAGCCUGUCCUCGGGCUCUCCAGGAGCUUCAGGCAGCAAGCUCCCCUCGAGCCCCACUGGGAGGACUGGGAGCUGCAUUUGGGACCCAAGGGUCUGCGUCCCUCCUCCCUCCCAGGCUGGCCUUCGUGGGGCCCGGGAGUCGCUUCUCCCCUCCUGGCUCAACCCCCUCGCUCGGGUCCCCUUCCCUGGCCGAGGUCCGCUGAGGCCACCGGUUUUACAAGUGGGUGCUGAUAAGGCUCCACGCAGGGCAGAUUAAACAUUAAAUGCAGCCGCGGCUGCCAGCCUGAGUCCCCGGGGCCGGGCCCCAGAGUGUCUGCUGCAGCGGUGUGGCCUGGAGCACAGAGACCAUGGCUGCCAACUUUGCCCAGGCACUGGCCGAGAUCGGAGGCUUCGGGCCCUUCCAGAUCCGGCUGCUCAUGCUGCUCUCUGUCCCCAACUUCCUAUCGGCCUACUACAUGUUCGCGCAGGUCUUCAUGGUGCUGGAAGAGCCCCACCACUGCGCCCCUCCGCUCUGGGUGCAGAACUACGGGCCCAACCUGACCGCCGAGGAGAAGCGGAACCUCAGCCUGCCUCGCACAGAGGCCGGGGACUGGGAGUCCUGCCUCACCUACGCGCCGCCCCCCGAAGGCUGGAGCCUCGAGGACAUCUACCGCUAUGGCCUCAACGACACGCAGCCUUGCCAAGGGGGCUGGGAGUACCCGGAGAAGCGCCCGCUGUCGCUGGAGAACGAGUUUGACCUGGUCUGUGACCGCGAGUAUGAAAAGGAGACCUCCCAGUCUGUGUACAUGGCUGGACUUCUGAUUGGGGCAAUCAUCUUUGGCCCUCUCUGUGACAGGAUUGGCCGCAGGCCCACCAUCCUCAUCUUGUUGCUCCUCCAUGCUGUGUUUGGCAUCGGGACGGCCUUUGUCCCUAACUUCUACUUCUACAUGGCUCUCCGGUUCGCCGUGGCCUCCGCGGUGGCUGGCUACGCCAUCAGCAAUGUCACCUUGACCACAGAGUGGGUCAGUGCUUCCAAGCGGACCCUGGCCGUGGUCCUUUCCCACUGCUGCUUCUCAUUGGGCCAGAUAGCCUUGGCCGGCCUGGCCUAUGGAAUCCGCAACUGGAGGCUGUUCCAGAUUGUGGGCACCUCCCCCAUCUUACUGCUGUUCUUCUAUUGGUGGGUGCUUCCAGAAUCUGCCAGGUGGCUCCUGACUCAGGGGAGAGUGGAGGAAGCCAAGGAGCUGGUCCAGAAAGCAGCCUCGAUAAAUAAGCGCAGCGUGUCUCCUGAGACCCUCAGCCAGCUAACUCCGGAGAAGACGGCACCCAAGGGAAACGCUCUGGACUUGUUCCGGCACCCUCAGCUCCGGAAGGUGACGCUCAUCCUCUUCUGUGUCUGGUUUGCAGACAGCCUCGGCUACUACGGCCUGAGCCUCAACGUGGGAGGCUUCGGACUGAACAUCUACCUGACCCAGCUGAUCUUCGGGGUCGUGGAGGUGCCCGCACGCAUGUCCAGCACCUUCAUGAUGCAGCAGUUUGGCAGGAGGAUUAGCUUGAUGGGGACCCUGAUCACGGGGGGUCUCAUGUGCCUCAUCAUCAUCUUCAUCCCCUCAAAUUAUCCCACCGUGACCACAGUGUUGGCCGUGGUGGGGAAGUUUGCCACGUCUGCGGGCUUCACCAUCUCCUACGUGUACUCGGCAGAGCUCUUCCCCACCGUCAUCAGGCAAACAGGAAUGGGGCUGGUGGCCAUCUUCUCCCGGAUCGCGGGCAUCCUCACGCCCCUGGUGAGCCUCCUGGGGGACUACCAUCCCUCCAUCCCCAUGGCCAUCUAUGGCUCUCUACCAGUCCUGGUUGGGAUCCUCUCUGUCAUACUUCCUGAAACUAAAGGAAAGACCCUAAAGGACAAUAUAAAUGACAUGGAGUCAACACCGCCAAAAGGGCCUCAGAAUCCAGAGCCUGAUUCCUCUGAGAAAGAAGUGGCGGCCCAGGAGAACGGCACCGUGAGCCCUCACAACAUCACCUACUUCUGAGGAGCUGUGGGGCUCCACUGGCAGGCCGACGCGCCCCUCUCUUCCCUCUAUAGGGACGUUUGGGCUUCUCUUGCUCCAAAUGGGAAGCGGCUACCACUUUCUCAGUGAAAGGGCUGCCCCUUCCAGCCCUGCUUCUGCAGCAUCUACAGUCAAGGGCUCCCAGUCUUCUCUUCCCUCAGAUCCGGGAGCAGAAAUCCCAUGCAUCCUUAGGAAUUCAUCUUGGCUCCUCCCUCCCCGGACCCUUCACACUCACCUCCCCCUCAGCCUUCCUCGGUGCCUGGGAUGCACUUGCUCCUCGUCUUUUCUCAGAGCCCCCUACUUCCUUCCAGGCACGGCUCAGUUCAGGACAGGAAGCUUUCUAUUAGCCUUUUCCAAUCUCCCUGGAACUUUGGAUCCUGCUUCUGUGUUAGGCUCUUCCCCCCGAUAAAAACGGGACCAUCUCGAGGUUUGUACCAUUAGGGUCCAGCACCGCACCUUGAAUAUAGUAAGUGCUUGAAUUUAAUUUACUAUUACUAGAAGUUAUUUAAUAGCAGGGCAAAGAUUUCCCAAAGCCUUGACUCUGCUUGAGACUGGUGGGAUGACGAUCCCGGACAAUCCCAAAGGACCAAUGAUGAAGCACAUUAUCCACCUCCAGAGAAAGAACUGAUGUUGACUGAAUGCAGACUGGAGUGGGCUAUUUUUCUAUUUCUUUUUUUUUUCUUUUUCUUUUCUUUUAUUCUAGCUUCCUUCUUCAAAAUGCCUAAUAUGGCAGUUUUACAUAAUUGCACAUGGAUACCCUACAUCUACACCUACCGUGCUUACUGUCUACAGAAUGGGGGUGGGGAGGGAGGGACUUCCUUUAAAUAAAAAUGUUUUAAAAAUACCAUCAUGAAUUCCCAUCAUAGAUUCACCAAGCAUAGAAUGUACAAGUUAAAAGGCACCUUCGAUAUCACCCUAUCUAAGCCGCUAAUUUUAGCGAAGAGAAAACUGCAGACCAAAGAGAGGAGCUGCUUAAGAUCACACAAUAAGAAAAGAUAGAGGAUUUGAACCCGAGCCCUCUGCUUGAGGCAGAAGACAGCCCAACAAUAUUCGGGUGACCGGGUCGGAUCUCCAUCAUCUUUAUAUUCAAAAGCAUCCUUGAUCUGAGAAGUCAUGUCAAAGAAACCAAUGGAGACUAGAGCUGUGUUCUGGGGAAUAUUUAUUUAGAUUGCCUGGGGAGAUCCUUUUUUAUUCUUUUUUUUUCCUGAAGCAAUUGGGGUUAAGUGACUUGUCCAGGGUCACAGAGUUAGGAACUAU